UUUUGGAUUUUCUUAUUUGAUGGCACUCGGAUUCAAACAACCUUUUGGAAUUGUUACCCAUGAGCAUUGCUAGAGGGAAAUCAUGCUAGCAAAAUGCUCUUGUUGAAGGGCUGAUGAAAAAAGAGUGACAUGGACAAUUAUACAGGAACAAUAAACAAGAAGAGUGGUGGUGCCAGGUGAAGAAACGAUGGGUCGAAAGGGGCCGUAAACGACGGAUGAGAUGUAGAUGCGUCCUGUUGUCGGGUAAAGCUUUGUCACCUGGCAGCAUCCAAGAUGUUGUUGGCUUCGUAUCAAAUCUGGGAGGGAGAGCAUUGCCGGAUGAGAUAGAUUGGAUGUUGAAGGUAAGCUUUCUCGCAGAUUUGGGUGUGUCGAAAUAUCGAAGUAGAUGCAGUUCCAUCAUCGUCACCCUCCGCAUUACCACCCCUUGGCUACCAUCAUUCCUUCACCAUAGCCAAGAGUGUCUAGACAAAUGUCUACAUAACGAUGCACUGGCCAGUGCUGCCACGGGCGUUGACGGGACCUAUAACUACGGUGUUAGCCACGGAUCCGUACAUAAUUCUUCUGACAGUUCAAGAUCAUCCUUACCGGAGGUCUGAGUUGGGGCGACGUAGGACUCCAUUUUGAUUGUGGAAGGGUUUGCUUGCUGGAAGCUUGAAAAGUAGAAGUUGAUAGAUAGAAGUUGAUUAUAGAUUGCUUGAUUGUCUUGUGGAAGAUGAAACAGGGAGCUCAAAGGAACGGCGCAAGGAAGAGAUUUAUAUAGACUCGACCUCCUGCUUUCUCCGCUGCAGGUUAAGCUAUCGUUUUCGACUGAUACCGAGUCAAGACAUUGUUCAACAGACAGAACUUGCCGCCCCAAGCGUCUAAACCUGAAUAUCGCUCGUUUUUCUUUCUUCGACAAAGAGAACGGUGCCCGGAGUAUUGUGAUUAAUCUCUCAACAUGGACGGCGGCGUUGCGGAGAAUCCUGGUAUUUU